AGGGAGUGUGUGAGAUCUGGUUGACCAGCGAGGACACUGGUGCUUAUGGGAGAGACAUUGGGACGGACCUGCCCACGCUGCUGUGGAGACUGGUGGAGGAGAUUCCUGAAGGAGCCAUGCUGAGGCUGGGAAUGACCAACCCGCCUUAUAUCCUGGAACAUCUAGAGGAAAUGGCAAAGAUUUUGAAUCAUCCGCGAGUCUACGCCUUCCUUCACGUCCCUGUGCAGUCGGCCUCAGACAGCGUGCUGAUGGACAUGAAGAGAGAGUAUUGCAUCGAUGACUUCAAACGAGUGGUGGACUUCCUCAAAGAGAGAGUCCCCGGUGUAACCAUUGCUACAGAUAUAAUCUGCGGUUUUCCCGGUGAGACUGAUGAAGACUUCCAGGAGACAGUAGACUUGGUGAAAUGCUACCGAUUCCCCAGCCUCUUCAUCAACCAGUUCUACCCCCGACCCGGUACACCUGCCGCCAAGAUGGAGCAAGUACCUGCAAAUGUGAAAAAGCAAAGGACUAAAGAGCUCUCACAACUCUUCCACUCCUACAACCCGUACGACCACGAGGUAGGAGAAAGACAACAUGUGCUGGUGACAGAGGAGUCAUUUGAUGGCCAAUACUACGUAGCUCACAACAAGUUCUACGAACAGGUGCUUGUACCUAAGAAGGUCGAAUUCAAAGGGAAGAUGGUUGAGGUGGACAUCUACGAAGCAGGAAAGCACUUCUUGAAAGGCCAACCAGUGGAAGACAGCAAGCCGUUCACCCCCUCCAUCACUGCACCGCUUCAGAAAGGAGAGGUGUCUGGUUUGACGCAGGUAAACACACACACACAAAAACAUGCACACCUGCACAGAGUUGUAUUUUAUCAAGUACUUCCCACAAGGCUGUCAAUCAACCUGACGUAA